AUGGGUCUCUGUAUUUCCUCACACCCCAAAAGAUCCGACCAGUUUCCGGCGACGGUGAAGGUGGUCAGCGCCCACGGCAAGCUGCAGGAGUUCACGCACCCGAUCCGCGCCGGGAGAGUGGCGUCUCUGUCGCCGGCGGCGGCGGGGGGAUGUUUCGUCUGCAGCUCGGAGUCGAUGUCGAUUGGAAAAUUGGUUCCGCGGUUGGGAGACGAGGAAGAGCUGCAGCUUGGGCAGCUUUACUUCCUGUUGCCGGCCUACUUCGCUCGCAACCCGCUGUCCAUUUCCGAUCUGUGCGGUCUCGCCGUGAAGGCAAGCGCCGCUUGGAAAAUUGCCUGA